AUGGCCGACUGGAAGUCGCGGAGCUGGAGGAAGGCCUCUGCCCGCCGCUCAUCCAGCUCUGCCCGCGCCACGGACAGCCCGCAGCCCACGCCGGCCCAGCCCGGCGCUGCUCGAACCACCCCGCAUCAGCGCGGCGAGCGGCCAGCGGCGCUGUUGCUGCUCAAGCCGCGGAGGCUCAUGAACGUCAACGGGCUCAGCGUCGCCAGCGCCGCCGAAAUCUACAGCCUCCGCCCAGAAGACAUUUACCUGGUUCAUGACGACCUGGACAAGGCCCUGGGCAAGGUGGCGAUCAAGCUGGGAGGCAGCGCAAGGGGACACAACGGGGUCCGAUCCUGCAUCAGUGCUCUGCAGUCCAACGAGAUGACCCGGGUCAGGGUUGGCAUCGGGCGGCCGGAGGGUGAAAUGACGGUGUCCAGCUAUGUCCUGGCUCCAUUCAGCGCCGGGGAGCAGGAGAGGCUGGAGCAGGUCCUGGCUCAGGCAGCGACCUGCCUGCUGGAGCACAUUCUGCAGAGGAGAGCGCCCGUGGGGGAGCCGGGGGACAGGGGCUGA